AUUGCUACUUCAACCACAUUAUUUUUCAUACCCACAGGCUGUAUUUGUAUCAAGAAAAUGGUUCAUUAAACUUAGUUUAGAUAAACAUUCAAAUAUGGAUUACAACAAGGUCAAUAUUUAUUAGCAUAACAAGAAUGAUUGAUGAUAAUAAUGAUGAAUAAAUACUUUCUCUCUUCCUUCCUCCAGAAUAUGACAUAACACGAUAGGAUGUCACGUUACAUUGCAUACUGCAACCUAAGUCAUGUAACACUAUGUCAUGUUAACUUUGUGGUUUAUGGAAGACAACAGAACACAAACUGAAAUAUACUUGGAAGCUUUUAUCGCUAUUAAAUUAAUCAAAAUGCAUUGACACGGCUGUAAGUGUACAAUAAUGUGGAUAUCAGAAAGGCAUGUAGAAGUCACACAAUAUAAGAAAGACAUAUAGAAAAGACAAAUACGUCAUAUGCCAAAGAUGACAGUUUCACUUAUUAAUGGUUCAUAUCUCUUUGAACCUUCACCAAUAGGACUAAGCAUUGUAUUCAUAGCAUUGGACUUUAUAGGAGUCCUUUCUAAUUUAUGCAUCAUCUACAUAAUAACCAGAACCCGGCCUUUAUGGAGCACAAGUGGCCACUAUAUGUUUGUGAUAUCUUUGCUGGACUGUCUCACAUGCUGGAAUUUCAUCGCAGUUGACCUUCAGGUGUUAGAUGGUGAAAUUAAUGUCUAUCUAUGUACAUUUAAUUGCUGCUUAUCAUAUGGAUUAAUAUACAGUAGAAUGUGGAUUUUUGUCUGUAUGAGUGUUGAUCGAGCUGUGAUGUUAAGGUACCCCCUCAGAUACGCAACUAUUGUAACUACAAAAGCAACCAAAGUGGUGUUAGGUAUUGUUUGUACAUGUAGUAUGGCAACCAUGGUACCAAUAGCUUUACAGCUAAUAAUGUUCAGAGAGGAUGGAUAUAUGUGUGACCUCAACUAUACAUCUCACUCACCAUAUAUAUAUGUCUUUAUGGCAUCUUGCACAAUGUGUAUUGGACUUAUAAUAUUAACAUACAUCAACAUCUUUUUAAUGGUGAGAACACAACAGAAAAAAAUCAAUGUUAUUGUUGUUGAAAAAGACAACAGUAUUAUACAAACUCAUCACAGAAAGAACACUGAUUUCAAAUUAAAAAUAAAAGCAAUAAGAAUGCUUCUUUUUGUUAUUGGAACAUUCUAUUUAGCAUGGGGACCAUUUUUGUCCCUUAUUAUAUUUUACGAGUUCAUCUCUAAACAGAAUAUAGGCAAUCAUCACCUGACUAGACUUUGUUUCAUCAUGAUGAGAGUGAGUUUUUCUAUGAAUUUUUUCAUUUACCUCUUCACUGAUAGAGUUUACAAAAAAGGAUUUAAACGCUACAUGUUAUAUUUGGACAAAAAUAAGGUACAAGGAAUUGGGUCAAACAGUGAUUGAACAUAGAUUAAUGGCAACCAUGCGCAUGGUGAUGGUACUGGGAAUGGUGUAGACUUUGUUUGCAAACAAUAAACUGACCAUUCCUAUCAAGUUCACUUGUAAGCCAUUGCAGAAAACAUGGAAGUGACAUCAUUAACUCUUGUUUACUUUGGCAUUAGAAAUGGAUUCCAAUGAAAAGGAAAGUAGGGAAAACCUAGCAACUCUGAAUGACAAAGGGAGCACUUUACAGAUUCAUUAAAUAAUACCUAUUGUUACAGAUUAUGACAUGUCAAUUAGUCAAUUCAACAUAAUGGAUGAUAAUGGUAUAGGAUUCAGACAAAAAGGUUGAAACAAAUAAAGGAGUGUUAGUACGUAAUCACUCGAACAUUUUCAUGGUGUUAUGGUGUAAUACGAUAUUAUAAGGUUUAGCAAACAUAGUAGCCUGGCCAAAACAAGUCAUGCCUCUCUAUUUUCUCAAUUACUUUCUCAAUUUUGAAUAUUUUUUCAUGAAAUUUUCACAGAAUAAACUUUAAAGAAUUCCUAACAUACAAAUUUUUUUAUAUGGUAAAUGCCUCAUUAAUAUCAUUGUUACAACCUUUUAAAAAAUAAUGUCAUAUUCUGUUGAUGGGUCAUUUUUGUCGCCAUUUUUUCUAAAAAGGUAUGAAAAAUCUAAAUAACGUUUUGUCCUAAUACGGUCUACAAAUUUGAUUGCAGUCUUUGAUAGGGGAUCAUUUAUCUUUUUUAGUGUUCUAAAUCCACCAUACUAUUUCAAGACCUCAUGAUCUCAAGCUUCUAUACUGCUCGUCCCAUAAAAGGCAUUACUACUCGCCUAUUGUCAUACUUGAUGGAGAUAAAAGAUGCUUUCAAAUGGCGACAAAAAUGACCAGUCAACAGA